AUGCACAUGGAAUUUAUAGAUUUACCGUACAAGAAUUUGCGUGCAAUUCCUAUUUUUGAAGAGAGAGAAGAAAAACUUGAUACGAUAGGACCCGAAACUCACACCCUUGGAGUGAGAUUCAAGGAUCUAUACGCUUCUCUUGCUAAAGAUUUGAAAAAGAUCAAUGCCAAAUACGUGAAAGCAACUGAUGCUUUUCAUGACGCGUCGGUGGAAGCUGCAAAGAAAGAUAAAUUACCACCACCGAAAUUUUUUGAUACCUGGAACAAAAAGUAUGUGAAAUACGUGAAGCUAUCAGAGAAAGCUGCCGUCGAGUUGUUUAAGAGAGCUGAAGGAUUUGGCAAAAAGCUUGAAGAAGCACCGAAGAAACACUGA